GGAUCUACAGAUUCACAAUAGGCCGGCAACUACUUAACCAUAAUGUUCCUCCGAGUUCCGACCAAUAAAGCUAUAUAUGUAAUCCACUGGGAGAAGCACAGUUGGCCGGCAACCCUGCAAUGAUUUUUGUUUUGCGUAAGCUCUACGUAACCGCUAAUGUUCUUCCCACAAAUAACGCCAUAAUUAUAUAUAAUCCGUUGGGAGAAGCACUGGUUUAGGUAUAUGAGCGGUGGCAACAAAGAGGGAUCAAAUGGCAGCUGCGGCAGAAAUUGGUAACAGAGAAAGCAGGUGGUCUCUUCAGGGAAUGACUGCCCUUGUCACUGGUGGAACUAAAGGAAUCGGGUAUGCAAUUGUGGAGGAAUUGGCAGGCCUGGGGGCAACUAUUCAUACAUGCUGUCGAAAUGAGGCGCAGCUUAAUGAAUGCUUACAUGAAUGGAAGGCAAAGGGAUUUCGAGUCACUGGUUCAAUCUGCGAUGUUGGGUCUCGAACCCAACGAGAGGAACUAAUUAGCACCGUUUCUUCUCUAUUUAAUGGCAAACUCAACAUCCUUAUAAACAAUGUGGGAACCAACAUAAUAAAAACGACCUUAGAGUACACAGCUGAAGAUUUCUCAUUCCUCAUGUCUGUCAAUCUUGAAUCUGCUUAUCACAUGUCCCAACUUGCUUAUCCUCUUCUGAGAGCUUCGGGAGCAGGAAGCAUUGUUUUCGUUUCUUCUGUUGCCAGUGUAGUAUCAGGAAAUGCUGGAACGAGUAUAUACGGUGCAACUAAAGGAGCGAUGAAUCAGCUAGCAAGAAGUUUGGCAUGUGAGUGGGCGAAAGAUAACAUAAGGAGUAACUCAAUUGCACCUUGGGUGAUCAGAACCCCACUACUUGAAAUGUUUCUGGGCGGUAAUGAAAAACUUUUGGAGGCUGUUGUCUCUAGAACUCCUCUUGGACGUGUUGGAGAGCCAAAGGAGGUUUCUUCCAUGGUGGCAUUCCUAUGCCUGCCUGCAGCUUCUUACAUAACUGGUCAGACUAUUUGCGUUGAUGGCGGACUUACAGUAAAUGGCUUCUCAUUGCCCUGAGCAUGCUUGGAAACAGCAGAAAAUGAUGUUCAGCCACUCCACUGGAAUGUGUUCUUAUUGGUACAACAUUUGUAUCGAGUCGAGGGAUGUCUAUAAAGACUAUAAUCCACUUUAUUUUCAAGAUCAAAAGGAAUAAGUCUAGCUUGUAAAACUUAAUUACACAACAAAAAAAUUUCAUAUAUGCACAUCUCUUUUGUCUUUC